AUGGCAGACAAAGCUCCUGCAGAGUUCGCCGCGGCGCAGGCACCUCCUGGUGUCUCCCAGUCGACGUCGGGAACGCAGCAAACUGCAUCGCUCGACCAAAUCCAGAGUAUGUUGAAGGCCAAAGAUGAUACCUCUAGAUUCGUUGGCUUAGCUCUGUUGAAAAGUGUACUCGACAACUCGGAGGAGCUGCGCAACGAUGCAGACACCGUGUCGGGUCUUUGGGGUUCCAUAUCCCCCAAGUUCCUGGACCGGCUGCUGAAGACAGGCUCAUCUACACAAUCUGGCCAGAAGGACGCAAAAAACAUGCUGGAUCUUUCAACUCUUCUCACCCUGUCCGCUUUUCCUGAAGGAGCAAAGAUGUUCUUCGACAUUGACGAUGUAACUCCUCUCGUUGAGGUUGCCCCAAACAACCCAUCUGCUCUCGAGAUCUUUUCUUUUGCUUGGAUCAACUGCAUGGACAUCGCAGAAGAUAGACCCGUACUGAAGUCCAAGAUAUACAGAACCAUUCAAGCCCUGGUGUCGACCUUCAACGGCACGGAUGGCGUUACUUUGCUCGAAUUUCUUGGCAAAUUUCUGCGAAACUCGGAUCCCAAGUCCCUACCUUCAAACCCAAAGUGGAUCAAAUCCUCCACCGACUUCAUCAAGAAACUUCUUACGAGCCGGCCCACGCCAGAGGCAAGGAACGCCUACACCGUUGCGGCUGCAUCCUUGCUUGAGGUAUACCCCUCGGAAGCAUCAAAACUAUUGUUCACCAGCGAUGAAAAGGAUGAUAAACCGUUCUCGUACCUAUUCAUCACUCUCCUCCUCACCGAUACCAGGGCCAGUCUUCCCCGCCUCUUGGAGCUUCUCAAUGAUCCCAUCUACCCAGCCAUCGCACAACGGUUGGGCUCGGCCUUUGAUGUCACAACGCACUUCAUUGGCUAUCUAGUGAAGAGCCUCGACGAUGAGAGUUCAUCGCCAGCUGCCCUAGUGAUGCCUCCCGACUUUCUGCUCAAGAUCCGUCGGACGAUUUCGGAGGCCCUAUCUCUCGCCAUCGAGUUCCUCCGAGACAGGUGGGAUGCGUCCGUGGCAGGUGCUUUUGGUCUGCACCCCGAAGCGCGUGCAAAGGAGACCGACACCUCCAUGGGGAAGAGGCUGACAAUCUCUUGGGAGUCAAAGAAGAGCAACGUUCACGAGGACCCUCUAAUACUGGCAGCUGUCAAAGCUCUCGCCAUUUGGCUUCGCGAGGACGACAACGACCUGCUGAGAAAGGAAGCAGCAGGGCUGACGGACAUGCUCCUCGACCUCUACAAGUCGAGCUCCCCGUCAAGUCUCGACUUCCGGUCACCAAUCCUAGUAGGCCUGGAGGGAAUCCUGGUCGAGAAGGCUGGGCUGGAAGAGUUCACGACACACAACGGCUGGGACGUCUUGACCAAAGACCUCGUCGCCGUUCUACAAUCUACAACCACGUCAAGCGACGAAAGCGAAGCCGCGCGCGCCAUUGAGAUUGUCCGCAUCCUUCUGCCGAUCGUGGAGGGCGAGGAAACCGGCUCAAGGGAAGAGUGGAUGGCUUUCGUGACGACCGUGGCCGCCUGGCACGCUCCCGAAGCCAAGCAGCCCGCGCUGGUACAGGAGGGUCACAUCGCAGCUCUACAGCUCACCACUGCGUUGCUGGUGGGCGCGCCGUAUGGUAUGAGGCAGCGCUACGUACACUCUAUCAGCGCCGUGCUGGGCAUAGCCGGGCAGCUUGAGAAGCAUGUGGGCUCCAAUGACCCGCUGAGGGAGUCUUUGGAUGAUGUGCUGCAGACGCUAGAUAGACUUCGCUAG